CCACGAAGAAGAAGAAGACGACGCGGAAGCGGAAAAAAAUAUGUGGUGACGUUAUUUGUACAUAAACCAGCAUAGCUUCUGGGCUUUUUUUUGCAACAACAGUUUAUUUUUAAAUAUGCUGAAAAAGAAAACCAGUGGCCCAGAGAAGAAAAGGAAACACUCUCGCUCCGAGGAGCGACAGAACAGCAGCAAGCGCCGCAGCUCAGAGUCCCAGUUAGAGGACUCCAAAGAUGCGCUCGCCGACGCCGAGCUGGACCGGGUGGGCAGCGACAUCGAGGAAGAUGGACUGGACCUGAGCGUGCCCUUCCAGCCCAUCAAGGCGUACAUCGGCGACAAGCGGGAGAUGCUGGAGCAGUGUUUCCGCGUGUUGGGGGAGAAGAAGCUGCGCAAGAUGCUGCCCGACGAGCUGAAGGAGUGCAGUUUGGAGGAAAUCAAAACGCUUUGCUGGGAGCAGCUGGAGCCAAUCCCAGAGCAAAGCCUCUGUCAGAUUUUAGCAGGGGAAGAGAUAAGUGCGGGAAACGGUGACGGAGGGACCUCCGAGAGCCAACAGGACAAUAAUGUCGACUCCACUUCCUGCCUGAAAGAAACGGCUAAAACCGACGACGCAAGGCAAGAGGGCGGUGGCUCUAGCGAGGAGAGCGACGUCCUGAGCAUUAACGCCGACACGUACGACAGCGACAUCGAGGGGCCGAAGGAGGAGCAGGCCGUCAAAGCCGAGGAGGAGGAGGAAGAGACGCCGGCGGCGAAAGCGGACGGCGGCGAAAGCGGGCGGCGAUCCGACGCGGCCUCCGUAAGCCCCGCGCCGGCGGCUCCGGAUGCGAAGAAGGACAUCCAGAGCGACAUAGACAGAAGCGUCAGCGAGAUCCUGGCGCUCUCUACGGCGGCGAGCAGAGAGGAGGCAGGAGAAGCGGGCGGGGGGAAACCGGCGCCCGCGGGCGACGACGCGGCCGUCCAAGGGGAGGCUUCGGUUUGUUCGCCGUCCAUUCAGCAGCUGGAGCUGCUGGAGCUGGAGAUGAGGGCGAGGGCCAUAAAGGCUCUGAUGAAAGCUGGCGACAAGAAAAAACUUUGUAUAGCGAGCAACGUUUAGUCGGUUUCUGUCAACGGUUUUAGUCGUUUAGGUCUUUCCGCGCGGAGCUUUUGUUCAUGUUUGACUCGUAGACCUGGACUUUACUCUCUUUUCCGGGUACCUGGAGAUGUGACUGAAUCAUUAAAAGGUUAUUUUUCUCAGCAUA